AAAUAAGACCCCUCAGAGGGGUAAUAAAAAGCGGGAGACCCCCUCCGCCGCCCCCCUUCGCCGCCUCCCCCCGCGCCGCGGCUCUUUACUCACCUCCACCAGCCCUCAGAAUGGCGGCGGGCGCGGCGCGGGACGCGCCUUUUAUACCCCGCUGCCCCGUGACGUCAGCGCCACUCGCUCCGCGCAUGCGCGUUGGUGACACCGGCCGCACCCCUCCCCCGAGGCGCGUGUGGCGCAGUUUUAAUUGGCGCGGCGCUCACUGCGCAUGCGCCGUACGGCAAGAUGGCGGCGCCCUGCUGCGCCUGCGCCGUACGGCAAGAUGGCGGCUGACCGCGUGGCCGCGGGGAGGGGGCUGCGGGAGGAAGGGGAGGGGGCUGCCCCGUGCGCGAGCGGCCGGGAUGGCGCUGGCCAGGGGGAUGGCGCUGCUGAGGGCGGCGAGCGGCGGCCUGAAGGGCCCCGCGUGGCUGCGGUGGGCUCGGGAUCCCCCCCGGUUCUGCAGCACUGAAGCACCCCCCAGCCCACCCCCCACCCCCCCGUCCCCCUACCAGGAGCGGCCCUGGGAGUACCUGGAGAGCGAAGAGUACCGGGCUGCGUACGGCGACCGUCCCGUGUGGUUUGGCUACCGGCGCAACCACAAAGGAGCCGUCCCCCCGCAGCGCACGCGCCGCUCCUGCCUGCGCAAGGGCAAGCGGGUGGGCAACCCCUGUCCCAUCUGCCGCGACCGGCACCUGCGCCUGGACUUCAGGAACGUGAAGCUCCUGGACCAGUUCAUCUGCCCCCACACCGGCACCAUCUUGCACCCCACGCACACGGGGGUCUGCAUGAAGCAGCACAAGCUCCUGACCCAAGCCAUUUCCCAGGCGCAGGAUCGUGGUCUGCUGUGGCUGCACACCCCCUACGUGCCGGCCCCCAGGGAGGACUUCUCCAACAGCCACGCUGCCGUCAGCAGGACGCCUCCCCCAGCCCCGGCCCUGCUGCCGGGGGGCUUCUGGUACCCCUGGUACGAGCGGCACAGCCCCCCGGCCGCCGCCAUCGCCCGCGCCAGGCGCCUCUACAGGGGCUUCCUCAAGGAGGAGGAGGAGGAAGGUCCACGGCUGUGGGGACGGCCCCUGGGACCCCCCCGACCCCCGGCCUGGAGCAGAGGGGGGAAUAAAGUGUUGGAGAGGAAAAGUUGCGAAGGGCGGCUCAGCGGAGGGCGCCGAUUGGCCGAGCGGUUGCUAGGGGGCGUAGCCAGCGCCCCGCCCAAAAGGCGGUUGCUAAGGGCGGUCGCGACGGGUGCGCUGAUUGCCGAGUGGUCGCUAGGGGGCGUGGCCAGUGCUCGCCCAGGCGGCGGUUGCUAA